CCAUCCUGCUGCCGAGCUGCAUUGGACAACACCGAAGCUUUGGGCAGCUCUAACCCUGUAUAGAAACCCCUUUCAAGUCCAACACUUCUCUGACAGCUAAGAAAUGGCUGCAGUGGACAAAGAUGUGGCUGAGAAGUUUUUGGACAGUAAUCCAACUUUUGCCAAGCAGUACUAUGACUCCAGGUUCCGGGCGAAGGUCGUCUCUGACCUUCUGGCGACCACCAAGAAAACAGAAGUGGACAUCAGCUCUUACCACGACCUGAGCUCUAUUGAAGAGUGCGAGGUCAUUUUCGAUAUGGUGCGGGACAUGCAGGAAAACCUGCAGAUGGAGAGGGCCGUGUUCAACCUCAUGCGGCAUCUCACUUUUAUUAUGCGAGCCGACCGCAUGAGUCUCUUCAUGUACCGCCAGAGGAAUGGCAUAGCUGAACUGGCCACACGAAUCUUCAACGUCCAUAAAGAUGCCACACUGGAGGAGUGUCUGGUGGCACCGGACAGUGAGAUCGUGUACCCACUGGACACAGGCAUUGUGGGCCAUGUGGCCACCACCAAGAAGACCGUCAAUGUACCUGAUGUCACACAGGACAGCCACUUCAGUGAUUUUGUAGACAACCUCACGGAGUACGAGACCAAGAACGUGCUCGCGACUCCCAUCAUGAACGGCAAGGACAUGGUAGCCGUCAUGAUGGCGGUCAACAAGAUUGGCGCUCCUCAUUUCACUGCUCAGGAUGAAGAGACGCUGAAGAAAUAUCUCAACUUCGCCAAUCUUGUGCUGCGAGUUUUUCACCUGAGCUACCUGCACAACUGUGAAACCAGAAGAGGACAGGUGUUGCUCUGGUCUGCCAGCAAAGUGUUCGAGGAGCUGACUGACAUUGAACGACAGUUCCACAAGGCCCUCUAUACGGUCCGAGCCUUCCUCAACUGCGACCGCUACUCCGUGGGCCUCCUCGACAUGACCAAAACUAAAGAGUUCUUUGAUCUUUGGCCUGUACUGAUGGGAGAGGUGCCCCCUUACAGCGGACCAAAGACCCCUGAUGGCAGAGAAGUGAUUUUCUACAAAGUGAUUGAUUACAUAUUGCACGGAAAGGAGGACAUCAAAGUAAUUCCUAACCCUCCAGCUGACCACUGGGCAUUAGUGAGUGGGCUUCCCACCUACGUCGCAGAAAACGGCCUGAUCUGUAACAUCAUGAACGCUGCUCAAGACGAGUUCUUUGAAUUUCAAAAAGAGCCUCUGGAUGAAUCUGGAUGGACAAUAAAGAAUGUGCUGUCUUUGCCCAUCGUAAACAAGAAAGAGGAAAUCGUUGGCGUGGCCACAUUCUAUAACAGGAAAGAUGGGAAGCCUUUUGAUGACAUGGACGAAACACUAAUGGAGUCGCUCACUCAGUUCCUGGGCUGGUCAGUGCUGAACACAGACACGUAUGACAAGAUGAACAAGCUGGAAAAUCGCAAGGACAUCUUUCAGGACAUGGUCAUGUACCACGUCAAGUGCAGGAAGGAUGAGAUUCAGAAUAUCUUGAACACACGUGAGGUGUAUGACAAAGAACCUGAUGAAUGUGACGAGGACGAGCUGGAGGAAAUUCUGUUCGAAACACUGCCAGACUCGGAGGAAUCCGAGAUCUUUGAGUUUCACUUCUGUGACUUUGAGUUCAGUGAGUUGGAUCUGGUGAAGUGUGGGAUCAAGAUGUACUAUGAACUCGGUGUGGUAGACAAGUUCCAUAUUCCCCGUGAGGCCCUGGUGCGCUUUGUGUACUCAGUCAGUAAAGGUUACAGGAAGAUCACCUACCACAACUGGAGGCAUGGCUUCAACGUGGGCCAGACCAUGUUUACACUCCUCAUGACAGGUGACCUGAAGCGCUACUACACGGACCUGGAGACGAUGGCAAUGGUGACCGCUGGGCUCUGUCAUGAUAUUGACCACCGCGGCACUAACAACCUCUACCAGAUGAAGUCUGGGAAUCCACUGGCAAAGCUGCAUGGUUCCUCCAUUCUGGAGAGGCACCAUCUGGAGUUUGGAAAAACUCUGCUUAGAGAUGAGGCCUUAAAUAUCUACCAGAAUCUGAACCGGAGACAGCACGAAACCGUCAUCCAUUUGAUGGACAUAGCUAUCAUUGCAACAGACUUGGCCUUGUAUUUCAAGAAAAGGACCAUGUUUCAAAAGAUCGUAGAUCAGUCCAAGACCUACGAGAGCUGGGACGCUUGGACCAAAUACAUGAUGUACGAAACAACUCGGAAAGAGAUUGUCAUGGCUAUGAUGAUGACUGCUUGCGAUUUGUCAGCCAUUGCCAAGCCAUGGGAGAUUCAGAGCAAGGUGGCGUUGUCUGUCGCUGCUGAAUUCUGGGAGCAGGGUGACCUGGAGAGGACAGUGCUGGAGCAGCAGCCCAUUCCCAUGAUGGACCGGAACAAAGCGGACGAACUUCCCAAACUGCAGUGUGGUUUUAUUGAUUUCGUCUGUUCUUUCGUUUACAAGGAGUUCUCUCGCUUCCACAUAGAGAUCACGCCCAUGCUAGAGCGUCUGUUGAACAACAGGAAGGAGUGGAACGCUCUGAAGGAAAUUCAUGAGGCCAAGGUAGCCAAGCUGGAAGAGGCCAAAAAAGCUAAAGAGGAAGUAAACGCUGCCGCCUCAGCUGGCAAACAAGGAAACGCAGUCCAGCCAACAUCUCAGUCCAAGACCUGUGUCGUUUCCUAGACGUCAAACUGCAUAAAAUCAGACAAUAAGAAUGUAUGACAAUGUACUGCUUUAAUUAUUUCUCUCCACAGGAUGUUGUGUAACAGUUAUUUACACUAGCCAUGCAUUUAUAGGUAAAGGAAACCUUUUAGUGUAAGUAACAGACUAGUGCAGUGUCCCAGUGGCAAUAUCAGGUUUGUAAAGUUAUACUCUAGUGACUAUGGCUGAAAAUCUACAGAAUGGAGCAUUCUUACAUACCUAAUAACAAAUACUUGAGAGUAUAGUGUGUAAACCGUUGGAAAUUCAACAUUAUGUUUUUUCGGUAUUUAUAUGUAGAAAUGUAUAAAUAAACAUCAAAUGAGGAA